AUGACGUACACACAAAAACGGUGGGGGGAGGACGACGGAAACGGAAAAGCUCGCCUGAAGAUCGUUCAGGUGCGAAGUUUUAUCUGGAUUUUCUCAAAUCAAAUUGCAUACAGAGGCUAUUCAAGAACUUUAAGCUUUUGUUCCUUCCUCAAGGAAUUGUACUCCAUUGUUUCAAUGGAGGAAACAGGAGAAGCUGGUAUUUCCAGGAAAAGCAGUAUGAAGGAGAAGGGCCAAGGUACUCGGAAGCCCCGAGAGUUGGCAUAUAAAGAAGAUGUGGAGGAUACAGAAGAGAGAAGCAGUGAUGUGGAAGAGGAAAGUUUCACGUUAGACAAGGGGUUUAAUUUCAACUCUGCAGUGCACAUUAAGGAAGAAGACUGUGAUUGGGAAUCUAGCGACUAUACACAGCAGACUGUCCGAAUUAAGGAAGAGGAUGACGAAGAUGAAGAGGAGGAAGAGGAGGAAGAUUAUGAGUGGGACACUGUAAGUGUUAAAGGAGACUCUGAGGGAACACCUGAGGACUUCGAUGUACCAGAGCAUGAAAUUAUAACCUGUGUUAAACAAGAAGAGGAAGACGAUUUUAAAUCCGAGUUUAUUUCACAAUGUUCUUAUGGAGAUGAAGAGACAACUGGAUUAAAUUCCAUGUGGAACAGUCGCCACUAUCUGCAAGAAGAUCCUGACCAUGAACAGUCUAACUCGGUGGAGUCUAGUGCAAAAACGUCUGAAAAGCCUUCUGCUUCAGGUCAAUCUGGUGGAAAUUUACAAGAGGAUGAUGGCUGUUUUGAGCCUUCAUUAAAUGAGACAUCAUUUCAGGACAUAGCUCAAUAUUAUCAGCUUCAAGAAAAUAUGAAGAAGUCGGGCGUAAGACCUUUGAAAUGGGCCACUGUACAGAAAUAUCUUCUACCUAUGGCAAAGAUGUCUGGGAUGGAUGCCAUCAAAAAUCUCCAAAACAUUCAAAAUGCAAAUUCAGGCAAUUUAUUACCCUGUCCAGUAUGUGGAAAAUUUUUAAAAAUAGCUCUGAUUUAGAAGAACACCAGCGGAAUCAUGCGCAGAUGUUUGGCUGUGAAGAAUGUGGUAAACAAUUUGUGCACAAAGCUCAUCUUAAGAUGCAUGCAAGAAUCCAUACUGGAGAGAAAACCCAUUGUUGCACUGAAUGCGACAAGCGGUUCAGAGAAUCCAGUGAUCUUCGGAAGCAUAUGA